UUAAUGAUGACAAUAAUUUAGACAAACAGAUGGAGUUUGGUUGUUGAGGUCAAAAUCGAACAACUAACAUAGCGCUGAAGAAGAGAUAAUGUUGUUUGAAGUAUCAUACGAAUUAUCCGUUUCAUUGUCGGCAUUUAUUAUGUGACUAAAUCAGCAGAGUUCUACACUCUUUCGAGUCAAAAUAUUGUUUUUAAGGGGGUUUGUCCGCUUGUUGGUUCCGAACUUGCGGUCACUUCAGCUCGAGUCAUACCAUGUUUUGAUGUAUUCACACUUAAUUUUGUAUCGUACGUGAAACACAGAGAUCGAACAAGCAUGAGUUCAACACUAUAUGAUUCGGGUGUCCCGAACGGCCACAAUCAUAGACUUUCAAGCACAGCAUUUAUGGAAAAUUCUAUGAAGAAAAUUGGUAGCUUUGCUUGGGUGUGCUGACAAAGACGGCAUAUGUAAUUAUGUACCAUGCAUAUUUUACCAUUAAUAAGUCGGUUUGUAUGUAUGUAAUAGUGAAAAUUAGCCUAUAAAUAGCACUGCAAUACUACGUGAAUCAAUCAAAUCAAGAAGAGUUGUGUAUCUUGAGUUUGAGUUUAGUGGUGUAUAUCCCGUCGUCUCUAGGAGACUAAAGUGUUGUAGAGGUGUAUCGUCGAAGUAGCCAACCGUCGCUGUCAAUAUAGUAUUGUCGUAGAAAUGUUAGAGAAAGUACUAAACGAGUCAUUUUACAUGCAUCCCUUCUCGUUUUCUUUCCCUUCUUUGAUCCUGUUCUGUUUAUUCCUAUACAAAUGGCUAUCUACAACCUCUUCGAAAAUUCAUAACUCACCUCCAUCUCCACCAAAACUGCCAAUCCUAGGACAUCUUCCUAAGCUAGGUGAGCUCCCUCACCGCACUCUCAAAUCUUGGUCUGAGCGAUAUGGCGAGCUUAUGUUGAUCUACUUAGGGAGCAAGCCAACGCUUGUAGUGUCGUCUGCAAGGGUAGCGAAAGAGAUCAUGAAAACACAUGAUGCUUCGAUAUCCAAUCGAGGUAAGUUUAGCAUAAAUGAUAAAGUGUUGUACAACAGCAGGGAUGUUGCUGCUUCCUCUUAUGGAGAGUAUUGGAGGCAGAUGAAGAGUAUAUUUGUGCUCCAACUUUUGAGUAAUCGAAGAGUUCGGUCUUUUAAGGGUAUACGAGAGGAAGAAACCGCCUUGCUGAUGGAGAAGAUUCAGCAGAGUAAUGGAUCAGUAGUAAAUUUAAGCGCGAUGUUUAUGGGGUUGACUAAUGAUGUGGUAUGCAGGGUUGCAUUUGGUAAAAAAUAUGACACCGAAAAUCAUCAGCAAGGCGGUGUUGAUUUUAAGGUGGUCUUAAAGGAGUUUGUGGAGUUGCUUGGGACUUUUAAUAUUGGAGAUUUUAUACCUUGGUUGGCUUGGGUGAAUAGAUUCAAUGGUUUGAAUUCAAAAGCGGAGAGAGUUGCAAAAACUUUUGAUUUGCUAUUGGAAGAGAUAGUUACAGAGCACACUGAUCGACUCAAUCGAGCAGGAGAUAAUAAAGAUGAUGAGAAUGGAGUAAGGGAUUUUAUCGACGUUUUACUUCAUGUGCAGAAGGACAAUUCUACCGGUUUUCCUCUUGAAAGAGAAAGCAUCAAAGCUUUGGUAAUGGACGCCUUUGCAGCAGGAACAGAUACGACAUACACGGUGCUGGAAUGGGCGAUGGCAGAGCUCUUAAGAAAACCUAGAAUCAUGGAACAAGUGCAAAAUGAGGUAAGAGAAAUUGGUGGAAGCAAAGAUUACAUAGCUGACGAAGAUUUGGAGAAAAUGAAGUACUUGAAAGCAGUGAUCAAGGAGACUCUACGAGUGUAUCCACCAAUUCCGUUGCUGGUUCCUCGGGAAUCAACCCAAGAUGUAAAGAUAGAUGGUUACGACAUUGCUGCCAGGACUCUUGUUUUUGUUAACGCUUGGGCAGUACAGAGAGACCCUGCUACAUGGGAAGAGCCUGAGGAGUUUCGUCCUGAAAGGUUUUUGAACUCUUCGAUAGAAUUAAAACGACAGGACUUUGAGUUGAUUCCAUUCGGGGGUGGCAGAAGGAUGUGCCCAGGAAUGACAUUUGCGUUAGCUAAUAACGAGAUUGUGCUAGCAAAUCUUGUGCACAAGUUCAAAUGGGCGUUACCUGCUGGGGUCAGUGCCGAAACACUUGACAUGUCUGAAUGCACUGGUCUCACUAUACAUAGGAAGACUCCUCUUCUUGCUGUUGCUACUCCACAUGUUUUCUAGUAUGAAGAGAAAGUAAACCAGUUGGAUUAGUUUAUCAUUAGUCUCUAAUAUACUACUACAAUUCUACAAAUAUAGCUGUUUUUAAGUCACCUGCAGGUUGCAAAAGUCCUAGUAAUACUAAUACAGGAAUGUAUAAUAGUACUUAUAUGCAUAUUUCCAAUGUUUAGAAAACUUGAGGAAUCAAAAAUAAAUGUAUCUCUAGCUUGAUUAUGUCAUUGUAAAUUUAUUAUUAUUACUUUAAUUUAUAUAAAGUAAAUGCACAUUCGAAUGACUGAGUGACUUCUAAUGCACUUCAAUUCAUUUACAAAUUGUAAGCUUACAUGUUAAUAUGUUUCAUGCUACGAAUAUUUGAUC